CCAAAGGUCUAUAGACGACGACUCAAAAUUUCUUACAACGAAGCAACUCGACUCAAACAAGCUUAUCAAUGGCUCCUUCUACUCAUCAACCUCUUCCAACAAGUGUUUCGGAUGAAAAGUAUGCGAAUGUGAAGUGGGAAGAGUUGGCAUUUGGGUUCGUUCGUACGGACAACAUGUACGUGGCCAAGUGCAACCAUGGAGAAGAUUUCCAAGAGGGCAAGAUUGUUCCUUUUGCUGAUUUGCAACUCAACCCUUGCGCUGCCGUUCUUCAGUAUGGCCAGGGUUUAUAUGAAGGGCUGAAGGCUUACAGAACAGAAGAUGGUCGGAUCAUGCUAUUCCGACCAGACCAAAACGGUCACCGUCUCCAAGCCGGAGCCAAGAGACUCUAUAUGCCUUAUCCUUCCGUCGAUCAAUUCGUUUCUGCCAUCAAACAAGUUGUUCUCGCCAACAAGAAAUGGAUUCCACCUCCGGGGAAAGGAACAUUGUAUAUAAGGCCUAUCUUGUUUGGGAGUGGUCCGAUUCUUGGUUCAUUUCCGAUUCCUGAGACCACCUUCAUGGCCUUUGCCUGUCCUGUUGGACGUUAUCAUAAGGAUAACUCUGGCUUGAAUCUGAAAAUCGAAGAUAAGUUCCGUCGAGCUUUCCCUAGUGGAACUGGUGGUGUGAAGAGCAUCACAAACUAUUCUCCUGUGUGGAUACCAAUGGCAGAGGCGAAAAGACAAGGUUUCUCUGAUCUUUUGUUUCUGGAUGCGGAGACCGGUAAAAACGUCGAAGAACUUUUCGCAGCUAACGUUUUCAUACUCAAGGGAAAUGUUGUAUCGACACCAGCACUUACAGGAACUAUUUUGCCCGGAGUCACCCGAAACUGUGUAAUGGAAUUAUGUCGUGAUUUCGGCUACCAGGUAGAGGAACGUGUGCUUCCUCUAGAGGAGUUUCUUGAAUCGGACGAAGCUUUCUGUACCGGGACUGCUUCAAUUGUGACUAGUAUUGCGUCCGUUACCUUCAAAGACAAAAAGACCGGAUUCAAAACAGGGGAAGAAACAUUGGCUGCGAAGCUAUUCGAGAUGUUAAGUGAUAUCCAGACUGGUCGGGUCGAGGAUACGAAGGGAUGGACUGUUGAGAUUGACCGUCAGGGUUGAAAAGAAGUUGAAACUGUUUCUUCAUACCAAAUAUAUAUUAUAUUCAAGUUAUAUAAGAAACAUCACGAAGAUGUCUCUGAUCUUUGUGUUUCUCAUGUGCAUGUCGUGUCCCUGCGAUGUAUUUUCCAAAUAAUUUAUGGUUUGCUUCAUCUUUGUACCUAUCAAAGAAGCAGUUUGCUUUAUCUACUUAAUAUCGCUCCAAAAUUAAAUAUUUAUUUGGAACGUGUUAUCGAUCA